UGUGAUACUAUUCUUAACGAUAACAUCGUUAUGACGUGCAUUAGGUCACAUGCAUGCCACCCACGUGUUACUAUUUUGGGGAUUUUGAGAAGACGUCAGAAUAAAUUAAAACUGCGAUAGUUUAUAUAAACCUUUGCAUAGCUAGCCUGUCGUUAAACAACAAAACUGAAAUUCAGCUGAAAGGAAUAUUAAAUAGUAUAAAAUAUGACUACUCUAUUUUAAAGGUCGACAUGAGUAUCCUUCGGCAAACAUAUUUUUUACUUCGUAAGAAUUUUCAAACCAAAAAGAGGCAUAAAAGGCUCACCUUACAAGAAGUGAUUAUCCCGAUCUACUGGGUACUCAUCCUUCUUGUAAUAAGGCUAACAGUUAAAAUUAAGGAUUUACCAGCCGUUUCUAGUGAACAGAUCCCAAGGUAUAAUCUUGGCAGCCAAAAUGGAGGAGGAGGCGGUGGUAAUGUGAGCAACAUGUCUUCCAAACCAUUGGUUGGUGUUGUGACUAAUAACGAUCCCCAAGCAAAAGAAGUGUUGUUUGUUUUGAAAAACCUGUCGUCUUCAAGGAAUGAAUACAAGGAAUUCAGUAGUAGCGAUGAGAUGGUCAACUACUACAGGACAUAUGGAGAGAGUUUGCAGUUUGGGAUGGGAAUUGUUUUCGAGAAAGAAAAUGAGACACUAUCUUACACUCUUCGUAUGUCUGAAGGAAUAGUGCCAGAUUUGAAAACCAAAUUAGUAGGUUUAGGCAAAUGUCAUAAUGUCAAAACAGCACUUCAUAAUUCUUUUGAGUGCCCAGCAAACCAGUACAUCAGCAAUAACAUAGGUUCUUUUCAGUCUUUCAUAGAUUCAGCUAUCACAAAGGUCUUAGCUGGUUUGCCGUAUAUUGUCGUACCAAAUAUUACAGCUCAAAUGAUGCCUAAAAGAGCCUUUCCCCAGUCCAUUGGUGGUUUUGAGCUCACAGUGCCAAUAUACAUGGUUAUGGCAUUUGCUCCAUAUAUCACCAUCCUUCUCGUUAGUCUGGUGAUCGAGAAAGAAAAGAAAUACAAGGAGUUGCUAAGAAUCAUGGGAAUGAAAGACACAGCUUACUGGUUGUCAUGGUUUCUGACGUAUGCCCUAAUCAUACUUCUAGCUGUCAUUAUCAUUAACGCUAUUACAGUUCCUGCUGGCGUAUUUGGAAAUAGCAAUUUUUUACUAUUGGUUAUAGUGUUCUACCUGUAUGGUUUGUCAUUGAUCAACUUUGCAUUUCUUCUGACUCCAUUGUUCAAGAACUCCAUGACAGCAGGAACAGUCGCCAACCUGUCAACAAUCAUUUUUGGUGUCCUUCUGAUUCCUCUGAAUAAUCCAAAUGUACCAAACUUUGCAAAGUGGAUAGCAUGUCUCCUUUCACCUACCGCUUUUUCCCUUACCCUUACACAGGCUGUCGAUUCUGCAGGGAUAACAUUCAGUAAUAUUUCCACCAAGAGCAGUUUCCCACCUAGUUACAGCAUCAUCAUGAUGGUGGUUGAUAUCUUUCUUUAUCUUGGUCUUGCCCUUUAUCUUGAUGCCGUGGUUCCUACAGAAUAUGGCAAACGAAGGCCUCCUUAUUUCAUCUUCAUGCCAUCUUUUUGGAAAAGCUUGUUUGUUGAUGACAAGAAUAAUGAGAUUGCACUCUCAAGGCAGCUAUCAGCUAGAAGUGUUCAUAACCAGGAUGACGUGGAGCAAGUUGGCCCUGAAAUGAUAGGCAAAGAGGUUAUUAGCAUUCAUAAUAUAAAGAAAGUGUUCCCAGGCAAAGAAGAAGUUGUUGCUGUAGAUGGUUUUAGUAUGGAUAUUUAUGAAGGACAAGUUACAGCAUUACUGGGACACAAUGGAGCAGGAAAAUCAACCCUGAUAGCAGCUUUAACAGGAAUGAUUGAACCAACUAGUGGGACUGCAUUGAUCUAUGGGAAGGAUAUCACUAAUGCUGAAGACAUGGAACACAUACGAAGAAACAUCGGUGUAUGUCCACAACAAGACGUGCUGUUUGAUUUCUUGACUGUAGAAGAGCACUUGGACUUGUAUUCAGGUCUGAAGGGUGUUCCAGGCGAGGAACGAAAGGAAAUGAUUAGUGCUGUCAUCAAGGAUAUCGAUUUGGAGGACAAGACAAAUGAUAUUGCUAAAAACCUUAGUGGAGGACAGAAAAGAAAACUUUGUGUUGGGAUUGCUCUGAUUGCGAACCCCAAGGUUCUAUUCCUUGAUGAGCCGACGAGCGGCAUGGAUCCACAGUCCAGGAGACAGAUGUGGUCCUUGUUACAGGAACAAGCUAAAGAUAAAGUUGUUUUAUUAACUACUCAUUUCAUGGAUGAAGCUGACAUAUUAGCAGAUUACAAAGCUAUCAUGACCAAAGGCAAACUCCGUUGUGCUGGAUCAUCGCUGUUUCUGAAGAAUCGCUUUGGUAUUGGCUACCAUCUAAGCAUGGAGUUAUCAAAUAACUGUGACAGGGAUACUGUUGAGAGCCUGGUAAAGAGUCACGUCGAAGGAGCUGAGGUGACUCGCCAUCACGGUAAAGAGUUGGCUUUCUCACUCCCAAUUGACCAAGUCAACAGCUUUGCAGGCCUCUUUGCUACUCUUGAGGACAACAAUGACAGUAAUGAGACUUGUGCCGCCACAUGCCUGGGCGUGACUAGCUAUGGUGUUUCCAUGACAACCUUAGAGGAAGUCUUUCUCCAACUGGAAGACACGAGUGAUGAAGUCAAAGAAGACAACAACCAGCCCAGUAUAAAUGGGUCCCAGAAUAAUCUUCUCAUUCCCACAGCUAGUAAGGAAAACUUGUCAGGUUCGCAGGCCAGUAACCUACAUCAUACUGGUGUUGACCUCGAUAUACAAGAGAUACGUAAGAAUGAAGGCAUGUCAAAAUAUACUGGACAGUUGCUUGCCCUGUUAAAGAUCCAGUGGCUGCAGACUAUUCGUUCUCCACUGAAACUCUUUUUCAUGGUUAUCGUCCCUCCGAUCCUCCUGGUUGUUGGCUUGGUUUUGAUCAAAGUUAAUUCAUCUGAUACUGGUUCUUCCUUGCGACGAGUUCCCAUCUCCCCAACCAUGUAUGUCACUCCAGCCAGUACCCAGUCCUAUGCUACACCUAUCCUCUUCCAGAAUUCAACAGGGUCACCUCUUGAUGACAUCUAUAGGUUCUUGAAGGAUUAUGGAAUCGAUUUUGACCAAGUUAAUUCCUUAGAUGAUUAUUUGAACAUCUCGGCCACAGAGAAGCCCAGUCGAUGUUUUGGACUUGAUGCUAACAAGUUUCCAACCAAUAACCUGUCAGUUUAUCCAAAAGUUGAUUUUCAUCUGCGUUACAAUGACUCAAUGGUCCAUUCCAUUCCUGUGGGAGUCAACGUUAUCACCUCACUGUUCAACAUGUUUGCCUUGAAAGCCAAAAACCAAAUACCACACCCCAUCAAGACGUAUUUCCAGCUUUUUCCAGCACUGAAGCCGAAGCUGAAAUAUGAUAACAAUUCGUUUAUUGCUGUGAUGUUGAUUGGUCUGUCAUUCGCUGUUAUUCCUGGAGGAUUUGCUAUCUUAGUAGUUGCACAGAGACAGCUAAAUAUCCGCCACCUUCUGCGAGUGUCCGGGUUAUCAACCCCCAUGUACUGGCUGUAUCUCUUCAUUAGUGAUACUAUAGUCUUCAUUAUCCCUGCCUUCCUGUUACUAAUACUGGUUCCAGCUAUCCAGAUACCAUCACUUUCUUCGCCUGCAGCGAUGGGCUGUCUUGUCAUAGCUGUUAUUCUUUACAUUCCUACGGGUAUCUUGUUCAGCUACUGUUUGUCGUUCCUCUUCAGCAAGUGGGAAACAUGUCAACAAGUGUUACCAGCUGUAUUCACCUAUCUUUCCUUAAUACCGUUCCUGGCCGUUUCACUAGUCGACAUGAUUGCAAGUCCAGACACCGCCAUUAUUCUACAUUACGUGUUUUCAUUCCUAAAUCCUGCAUAUGGACUUAUUGGGGCUAUGUACUAUGUAACAAGGAUCUAUCUGUAUGCUACUAUCAUUGCCAAUUCUCCUGACGUCACUAUCCCAGCCAGCACGUAUUUCAAGUGGACCAAACACAAUGGCAUCCCAGUUACCUUUAUAGCGAUGUUUGUCCAUAUGAUUUUGCUCUUUUUCCUUCUGUACUUCUUGGAUACGAAAAACACAGGAAGGCACAAAAGCACUUGCAGUUCAAGGAGCGCACACAAAGUGGACCGUCAUCCCAGUGGGGCGAGGAGUCAUUCAAGUAUUCGCUCAGAUGACGUAACAGAAGAUGACGUCAAGGAAGAAAAAGAGAAAAUCUUAAGAUCGGAUCUGACUGACAAAUCGAGUAGCGGGUUUUCUGUAGCAGUCAAGGGUUUAUGGAAGAAGUUUGGCAAACGUAAAGACACCAAGGUCGUCGUGAAGAAUUUAUAUUUCGGCGUGGAGAGAGGAGAAGUAUUUGGAUUACUAGGGCCAAAUGGAGCGGGAAAAACAACAACAUUGAAUAUGAUAACCGGUGCAGUAGCUCCGUCCAGAGGUCAUGUGACCAUCACAGGUUUAGACAUGAACACAGAAUCUUCUGAGAUUUACCAACACGUGGGUUACUGUCCCCAGACCGAUGCUCUAUGGAAAGAUUUGACUCUAGAGGAACACUUGGUACUGUAUGCUAAAAUACGAGGCAUACCAACAGAAGACGUUCAAAGAACUGUUCAACAUUACAUGUCAGGUAUGAGAGUGACCGAACACGCAAAAAAGAAAUCCAAAGAUCUGUCUGGAGGAACAAAGCGCAAGCUGAGUUUUCAGAUGGCAAUGCUUGGUGGUCCACAACUGCUGCUACUUGACGAACCUUCAACUGGUCUCGACCCGUCCGCAAGGCGAUUCCUCUGGAAUACUAUAAGUAAGAAUGUCAAGGGUGAUCGUGGUGCGAUCCUAACCACUCAUUCAAUGGAAGAAGCUGAUGCGCUUUCGUCUCGUGUUGGUAUCAUGGUUAAAGGGGAAAUGAAAUGUCUCGGUUCAACCCAGCGCCUGAAAAGCAAGUAUGGCAGCGGUUACAGCCUUGAAAUUAAGCUCACGAAUCAUUCUGAGGAUGCGCAAACCAAACUUGAGGCGUUUGUAAAGGAGCUGUUCCCUGGUGCCGUUCUGAAUGAGAUAUUUGGCGGCAAAGCGACUUACAAAGUACCUAAAGAUAACGUGUCUCGUUUGUCGAAAAUAUUCGACAAGUUGGAGCAAGGUAAACAAACCAUGGGCAUCGAGGAAUACAGUUUUAGUCAGUCGACCUUAGAACAG